CUUGUAAAAUAAAUGUGCUUGUAUUUUGUAAACAAAAGAUUAAAUUUCAAAUGAUGUAAUAAAUUCAAAAUUCACAUAUUUAUUUAUUACAACAAUAAAUGCAUUAUGAAUUCACUUAAAAUAAUUUUACGUCGAAGAAACAGUUGUGUUUUGCAAUGCCGCACAGCCACUACAAAGAAAAAAAUCCAUGAUCCAAAGGAGGAGGAAGAUCUACCAAUCUUUCAGUUUCCUGUUAGUAAGAGUUCAGACAGAAGAGUAUAUGUGUGGGGUUUAGCAGAAACUGGAGCAUUAGGAGUCCAUGUGUCCCAUGGGAGAGGCAGAACAAAGAAAUCAAACAGUAAUUUUCAAUUUGCCUGGCAUCCUUUGAGGUCUACCUUUUGUGAAAAGUUUGAUGUUACAAAAAUAGCAUGUGGUUAUGGUUUCACAGUAGCUGCAGUUAAAACUAAUGAGCAGCACAAAGUGUUUGGAACUGGUAUCAAUACUGACUCCCAGAUUGGUUACCAUGCUCCUAGAAUGGGACACCCAUUGGAGACACUUCUUAGUCCAGCACCAAUCUAUAUACCAUAUAGAUCUCUGGAAACUAAGAUAACAGGCCUGGCCGCUGGCCGAGCUCACACAUUGAUACUCACAGAUAAUGAAGGUGUGUAUACAAUAGGCAACAAUGCAUAUGGACAAUGUGGGCGGAAGAUCAACCCAAAAGAGGAGUACAGAGGCAGCAUGGUGUCUCACAACAUCAAAACAUUAGGCAGGGAAAGUAUCAUAGAUGUCUGUGCUGGACAGGAUCAUAGUCUCUUCAUAACCGAGUCAGGCAAAGUUUACGCUUGUGGAUGGGGCGCGGACGGUCAGACGGGUCUGGGCAAGUUUGACAGCCAGGGCCCACCUGCCCCAGUAACCGGGGAUAUAACCAGUGAAAAGAUUGUGAAAGUCGCUUCCACUGCCGACUGUGUGCUUGCUUUGAAUGAUAGAGGAGAGCUUUUUGGCUGGGGAAAUUCUGAAUAUGGUCAGAUACCAAUGGCAAGGAACCAGCAACAGGUGAAUUCAGCCUAUGCUCUUGUGAAUUUCACAAAAGGUUUGGGCAAGAUUGAGGAUAUAGCAACAGGAGGCUCCUACUGUCUUGUUUGUAAUGAUAGUGGUGAUGUCUUUGUGUGGGGAUUUGGUUUGCUUGGACUAGGUCCAAAUGUAAACCAUACACCAAAACCAAAACAAAUACCACCACCUUUGUUUGGAAGAAAUGAAUUUAAUCCUGAAUGUAUGGUGAAAAACGUAGCCUGUGGUAUUGGACAUUUAGCUGCUAUAACAGAUAAUGGUGACCUGUAUUUGUGGGGCAGAAACCGGCAUGGUUGUUUAGGGCUAGGUCACAAUAAAGAUCAGCAUUUCCCCUUAAAAGUUAGUAUAGGAGCUCAUGUUCUGGAAGUUAAUUGUAGUGUUGAUCAUACAGUUGCAUUGUGCAAACCAUUUGUGUAAUAUUUUGCCAAAUAAUGUGAAAACUCACUUUCUAAUUUGCCUGUGAUAGUCAUUUUUUGAAAUUUAAUUACUGUUAACUGUUCGACUAUAUUUUAGUUUGGCUGAUUGUAUAAAGAAUGUUAUAAUAUUUCUAAAUAAGGUAAAUUAAAAAUGUUUUUCUAUGAAA